AUGAAAUGUUUUAAAAGCAAAGAUAAAAGGAGAGGAAAAGAGAUUGAACAGAUUACAAGAAGGAUUAAGGAAGUGCAAGAAGAGUUGGGGCCUCAUAAUGUAGAGGAGCUGAAAAGCUUACAAAAGCAAGUGGAAGAGUUGAUGGAACAGGAGGAUAUUAUGUGGAAACAAAGGGCCAAGAGAAACUGGUACAACCUUGUUGAUAGAAACACAAGGUUCUUUCAUGAGUGUGCAAAUCAAAGGAAGAAAAGAAGUAAAAUAUCUCAAAUUGUAGACAGAAAAGGAACCUUGAGAUUAGAACAAGAUGGAGUUGCAGAAGCCUUUAAAGACCAUUUUGCUGAGGUGUAUAAAACUGUUAGUCCGAGAGUUGAAUUGAUUGAAAAGUGCCUUGAAGCAGUAGAGAGAAGGGUAACUGUUGAAAUGAAUGAAUCAUUGGAGAAGAUUUUUAUGAGGGAGGAAGUAAAUGAGGCUCUGAAGAUGAUGGGGCCAUUAAAAUCCCCAGGACCAGAUGGUUUUGGGGCAUGCUUCUUUCAAUCUUUUUGGCAUAUUGUGGGUGAUGAUGUGUGUGGGGCAGUGCUUCAUUUUCUCAAUGGUGGAAGGAUGGUCUCUUCUUUAAACCACACCUAUAUAGCUUUAAUUCCAAAAGUGAGUGACCCCAAAAAUGUUAAUGAGUUUAGACCAAUAAGCUUAUGCAAUGUAGUGUAUAAGCUUGCAGCAAAAACUCUUGCCAAUAGAUUGAAGAAAGUUAUGGAUGUUAUUAUUUCAAAAAAUCAGAGUGCCUUCAUUCCUGGGAGGUUGAUUUCUGACAAUAUUGUAGCAGCCUAUGAAGUGUUGCAUUCUAUGCAAACAAGGCAAAGGAGUAAGGAUGGCAGCAUGGCUUUAAAAUUGGAUAUCUCAAAGGCAUAUGAUAGAGUAGAAUGGUCUUACCUUGAAGCAAUGAUGAAGAAGCUGGGAUUUGGGGAUAGGUGGACUGAUUUGAUAAUGGAGUGUAUAUCCUCAGUAUCUUAUGCUGUUUUAACAAAUGGUAGACCAGGAGAGACUAUUCUCCCCACAAGGGGACUGAGACAGGAAGAUCCCUUAUCUCUUUAUCUCUUCCUUUUGUGUGCUGAAGGUCUAAGUGCAAUGCUCAACAAUGCAGAGAUAAGAUCAGAACUGAGAGGGGUGUCAGUUGCUAGAGGAGGUAUAAGGGUCACUCACUUACUAUUUGCAGAUGAUUGCAUUAUUUUUGGGAAGGCAAGUUGGGUGGAAUGGAAGAAGAUUAAUGACAUUCUUGAGCUUUAUGAAGCUGCCUCAGGUCAGAGUUUAAACAAGCAUAAGACUACAAUCUUCUUCAGUCCCAAAGUCCAUGUUUCUAUGAGAGAAAAAAUGAUGAAAGAAAUGGGAGCAAGACAGCAGAAUAAUUGUGAAAAAUACUUGGGUUUGCCAAGUAUGGUUGGUAGAUCAAAAUAUAACUCUUUAAGAGUCAUUAAGGACGAGUGUGGAAGAAGAUUAGUAAUUGGAAAAAUCAAUUUCUAUCACCCUCGGGAAAUAGUUGCUCAAAUGGCUAAAUUUUGGUGGAGUUUCAAAAAGGACAAGAAUAAAAUUCAAUGGAGGAGCUGGGCAAAAUUGAGGGUUGCAAAAGCUAAUGGAGGACUGGGCUUUAGAGAACUUGUAAGCUUCAACAAGGCUUUACUAGCAAAGCAAUAUUGGAGAAUGUUGACAAAUCCUCACUCCUUGGCUGCAAAGGUCCUGAAGGAUAAAUACUUUAGGCAUUCUGACAUUUUGGUUUCAAAGCUGGGGUUUAGGCCAUUAGUUAUUUGGAGGAGUUUAUGGGAUUCUUUGGAGUUGUUAAAGGAGGGAACUUUACUAGCAGCUAAAGCAAAGGUCAAAGAACUUAUUGAUGGGGUUACUAAGACUUGGAAAACAAAUUUGGUUAAAGACAUUUUUAAUGAAGAAGAGGCAAUUCUUGUCUGCAGCUUACCUAUUAGUUCAUCAGGUUUGCCUGACAAAUUAAUUUGGGCUCAUACUAAGAAUGGUCAAUUUGAUGUCAAAAGUGCAUAUCAUCUGGGUGCAGGAAAAAUAGAGAAAAGGGGGAGGAAGAUUGUUAAAGAUUACUUCUGUCCAAUCUGUAAAAUGCAGAAGGAAACAGUUUCUCAUGCUCUAUGGAGCUGUGGUGGAGCUAUGGAUGUUUGGGCAGAUAAUCUUAGUCCUGUGCAGAAAUGGGCAUCUACUGAGAAGGAUAUACAAGAGCUAUGGGCAGACUGGUGUAAUAAAUUGAAAAGAGAAGAUUUUGAGUUAAUGGCAGUAGUGCUGAGAAGGAUUUGGUUGAGGCGAAACAGAUUUAUUUUUGAAAAUAAAUUUGAAUGGCCUGAUGUGAUUUUUAGACAAGCCACUGACUUUCUGCUUCAGUUUCAGGAAGCUCAACAAAAAGAACCCAAGAGCCAAAUUGAGAGGUCUCAGGGAAGAGAGUUAUGCAGAUGGAAGGUUCCUAUAGAAGGCCAAGUGAAGGUUAAUUGGGAUGCUGCAUUAAAAGUUAAUGAAGGAAGGAUGGGGAUUGGUGUAGUGAUGAGAGAUGAGCAUGGAGAUCUGUUGGUCUCACUGUGUGCUCAGAAGAGGAUAGUAACCUCCCCUCUAGUAGCUGAGUUUCAGGCUCUUUGGCGUGCUAUGCAAUUGUGUGCAGAUUUGAACCUAUUGAAAGUGGUCUUUGAAGGGGAUGCUCUGAGUGUGAUUAAAGCAGUGAAUGAUACUGAAGCUAGCUGGGAAUGGCAUGGUCAACUGGUUGAAGACAUUAAAGGGAUUUUGAAGAAUAGAUCUAACUGGACAGUCACACAUACUUUUAGGGAAUGUAAUAGUGUAGCUCACUUUCUAGCUAAAUCUUCUUUACUUGUAAAUGAGGAAACAAUUUGGAUAGAAGAAGGCCCUUUAGGCAUACAGUACUAUGUUCAAAAGGAUAAAGAUGUAACAGUUGAAGAAGAAUGA